GCGGGCGGGGUAAGAUGGCGGAACUGGGGAAGAAGUACUGCGUGUACUGCCUGGCCGAGGUGAGCCCGCUGCGCUUCCGCUGCACCGAGUGCGCCGACAUCGAGCUCUGCCCCGAGUGCUUCUCGGCGGGCGCCGAGAUCGGCCCGCACCGCCGAUGGCACGGCUACCAGCUGGUGGACGGCGGCCGCUUCACCCUCUGGGGCGCCGAGGCCGAGGGCGGCUGGAGCAGCCGCGAGGAGCAGCUGCUGCUGGACGCCAUCGAGCAGUUCGGCUUCGGCAACUGGGAGGACAUGGCUGCCCACGUGGGAGCAUCCCGAACACCGCAGGAGGUGAUGGAGCACUAUGUGAGCAUGUAUAUCCACGGCAACCUGGGAAAAGCCUGCAUCCCUGACACUAUUCCCAACAGGGUGACGGACCACACGUGUCCCAGCGGGGGCCCGCUGUCUCCCAGCCUGACGACGCCGCUGCCGCCGCUGGACAUCUCGGUGGCGGAGCAGCAGCAGCUGGGGUACAUGCCCCUCCGCGACGACUACGAGAUCGAGUACGACCAGGACGCCGAGACGCUCAUCAGCGGCCUCUCGGUCAACUACGACGACGACGACGUGGAGAUCGAGUUGAAGAGAGCUCACGUGGACAUGUACGUGAGGAAACUCAAGGAGAGGCAGCGGCGGAAGAACAUCGCCCGAGACUAUAAUUUGGUGCCGGCCUUCCUGGGGAAGGAUAAAAAAGACAAGGAGAAAGCUCCCAAACGAAAGAUCACAAAAGAAGAGAAGGAGUUGAGGCUGAAAUUGAGGCCUUUGUACCAGUUCAUGUCUUGUAAGGAGUUUGAAGACUUCUUCGAGAACAUGCACAAGGAGAGGAUACUUCGAGCGAAGAUUCGGGAGCUGCAGCGGUAUCGGAGAAAUGGGAUCACCAAAAUGGAGGAGUCGGCAGAGUAUGAGGCAGCCAGGCACAAACGGGAAAAGAGGAAGGAGAACAAGAACAUAGCUAGUUCCAAGAGAGGGAAGGAAGAGGGUAAGGAAGGUGAAUUUGCUGCCAUUGAAAACCUGCCUGGCUUUGAACUCUUAUCGGACAGGGAAAAGGUGCUCUGCAGCUCUCUGAACUUGAGUCCUGCACGUUAUGUGACUGUAAAAACUAUCAUCAUUAAAGACCAUCUCCAAAAACGACAAGGAAUUCCUUCAAAGAGUCGCCUUCCUAGUUACUUAGAUAAGGUACUGAAGAAAAGGAUUUUAAACUUUCUGACAGAAAGUGGUUGGAUAUCCAGGGAUGCUUCAUGAAAUUCAGCUGAUCUGAAAAAACACAGCAGACGCCCAUUACAGUCUCAAGGACUCAGUUUGUUUUUCCUUCCCUCCCCAAAGAUACAGAAACCAUGUCGCUUAAAAACACAAAAGAGCAAAUACAUAAACCCCCCCAGUCAUCAUGAUCCAUGGUGGUUCAAAUAGACUGUUGCUUUGGAUCAUGGCAAAUACUUAAUUGUGAAACUUCUACAUUGGAUUUCACUGCUUUUGGUACAUUAUUAGAACAGAUUUUUUCUUGUGAACUUACUCAAGUCCGGUAGUCCCAGAGUAGUUGCUUUAGUCCGUACUAUUGGAUAAAUGAAUACCAGUGUAAUCCUUGCUUUUCUUUGAAGCUAGGAGAGUUUCAUUUCGUGGAAACUUUCUUCACCCUUUGUUUUGUUUUUUUUGGCAUAAUGCUGGCAGCAAAGCGAAGCUUACAAAAGUCCUGUGCUCAGGAGCAGGUGAGCAGGGACUUUUGUGACCAUUGCUAAGCUUUUGAACAUUUUCCUUAGUAACUACAGCCAAGGCAUGGGGACACCAGGAUGAGAGUUCCUGUCGAGAGUACAGCAGGGGUGAGCCGUGGCAGGGAGUGGAAGGAAGGAAGGAAAUGUGGUAGGUGAGGUGCCUCCAGGGACUUGUGCUGUGGAGGGGGGUUCUUGAAGAGUUCUCAGCUAAUCUGGGCAUUGCUUUGACCUGAGUUUCCUGAAACAGGCCCCUCUGAAGCUUUGACGUUUCCUGGUACUGGAGUGUGUGUCAGGAAUCCCCAGCAGCUGUGGUGCUCUGCUCCAGAGGAGGGGUCAGCUACAAUGAGGUACCUGAUUUGGGCCCGAAAUGGGGUAUGGGAGAAUAGGCAGUGAGGUGUUUGGCAGAAGCUGAGAGCCUAAGGCAGCAAAAUCACUGUUCUUCCUUGUUGGGGGAGCCUGCUCCUCCUCCUUUGGGAUCUUUACUGCUGAACUCAUACAGGCUGAGGAGGUGCCUCCUGAAUUUUGUUGGGAAGUCAGGGAAAGGGAGCAAGAUUCUCAAAUGGAGCCUGAUUGCCAAGAUUGGUCUUUAAAAACAAAAAUAGCAAUUGAUGCAGAUUUCGUCAAAAUGCACAAAGUGUUUGGAGUGCUUAAUCCAGCCACUGUAGGGUUCUAAUUGCACAUACCUUGAAAUGUACUGGCCCAGGCACAUUGAAUCUGAAUUUACUGACAAGUAGAAGAAGAGUGCACCUUGGGAGGGAUCUCCUCCAGUUCGUACAGCUGCAGCCUGGAGUGCUGCUGGAGCUGGGCACCAGCUAGGAUGUAACACAGCGGGAAACACAAAUGUCAGACCCACAGUACUGUUCUACUAAGAUCUAUUAAUUAAGGGUAAAAUGUUGAAGGAGGAUUAGAAAAAGAUUUUUAUGCCCAUUUCAUCCUUCAGUUCCCAUGCUGGUAUUUAAUCAAAUGAAUAUGGAAUGGUGCUUUCCACGUGGAAGAUGCAAAGUUACAUGUGCAUAAGCCUCUCUGCUGGUCGUGUCUGGAGCAGGAAGCUGUGACUGGAGCCAGGCUGGGCAGGUCUUCUAGAGUGCAGGGGUACCAAAACUUGGAACCUGACUGGCUUCAAUAUGAGUGCAAGAUCUGGAAAUGUCAUCUUGCUUCGAUGCUUUGGGCUGUAGUCAGUGAAGAUACCACAAAAUCCUAAAACAGUAUUAAUUCUACAGUUUGGCAGAGGUAUUCUGAUCAGAACCAGGUUUCAUUCAAUCCAUCCAUCAUUACCAAACUAGUGUUACCAGUGAGUUUAGAAUAAAAGGGGUACAAUUACAAAGCCAGCAUUUCUAAGGAAAAAACCAAAACUCUAGUGCCUUUUUCUUUUGAGCUUAUGAUGUUAUGUCCCU